CUUCUCAUGGCAUGCAUCUUCAACUAGUCCUCCCAAAUCUGGACUGGGUCAACGUAAAGCUCACCGGAAAUAUGACGAGCGGAAGUCGAGACAUGCGCCCACGUGUGCAGAACCCCGCACUACGUCUACCCCUCCUAGCACUAUAGCUCCAGAGCUAGCUCUGGGCGAUGCCGGGGUUUAUGCGUCACUAUAUGUGUAGAGCAUGCCGUCGGCAUGCUUGCGCUCUAUUUCCUGCCCUCCUCUGCCUCUCUUGAGCUAAUUCAUACAAUUAAACAUUCAUCCGUCUUUGUCGCGUUGCAACGAGCUAUUGCACACUCGAAACCGCCAUGUCUGACUGGUCCGACCUUACCGCGGCUCUCAAAGGAAGUUUAGACAAGCUCUCCGAGCUCCUCCAAUCUGACGAUCAGCUGAAAGCCUUCACAACGUCAAACGCUAUCGAGAAGGACGUCACCUUUGGUAUCAAGUCAAGUGGUUCGGACAACACCCUCCUCAUCACAGUGUCCAAUGGCAGCGCAAAAGCCAGCACUGGCGCGUCGAAAGAUGCUCUAUUCACGCUUGUGGCUCUCCCCGAGCAAUGGGAACAGCACUUCAAGGCAGUCCCGGCUAUGCCGUACCAGAGCUACUGGGGAAUGUUCGGCAUGAACAUCAAGCAGAAAGGCAUUGAAGUGCUGGGCGAUCAGACAGCCUUCGCGCAGUGGACCCAUGUAUGGAGGCGCGUCCUAGAGCUUACACACGACGCGCACUGUGGACCAAUAAAGGAAGACGAGCAAGUCGAACCGGAGCGGGAUUUCCUUACCGGAAAGUACACAUACCUUGAAGCUCCAGUGUGGGGUAGAUGCAAGGUCUUCUACGAGUACUCUGGUGAGGGAAAGCAGCCCAUUGUCUUCUUACAUACCGCUGGCAGCGACAGCCGGCAAUAUCACGGCGUUAUGAACGAUGCGAGAAUGCGCAAGAAGUGCAUCAUGUACGCGUUUGACCUGCCUGGACAUGGACGAAGUUUCCCAUCGAAGAACUACGCACCAGGCGCGCAUACGAAUACUGAAGAUAGCUACGUGGGGAUGAUCACAGCUUUCGUGAAAGCUCUUGGCCUCCGAAGACCCAUCAUUUGCGGCGCGAGUAUGGCUGGCCAGGUUUGUUUGGCAGUUGCGAUUCGACACAGGGAAGUUGGCGCCGCGGGAGUCAUUCCUCUGCAAGGGUCCGACUACCUCAAUAUGGAGCGACAAUGGCACGACCGCUCUCCAGUAGUCAACCAGUCGCUUUUCAACCCAGAAUGGAUCUACGGGAUGAUGGCACCAAUUACACCUCGCGCAAAUAAACAGCUCAUAUGGCACACGUACAGUGCCCAAGCCUACGGCAUCUUCCACGGCGACCUCGACUUCUACUUUGGCGGUUGGGACGGCCGAUCGCGCGUCGCCAAGGUCGACACCCAGAGUUGCCCCGUAUACAUGUUGACUGGCGAGUACGAUUGGUCCAAUACACCAGAAAUGGCACAGAAGACAGCAGACAAGAUACCUGGGGCCAUGCACAAGAGCAUGCCGGAUCUAGGUCAUUUCCCAGCUACGGAAAAUCCGGCCAAGUUUGUGCCGCAUCUCAUUGAAGCGAUUGAUCAUAUUCAGAAGGUCAGGAGCGAUAAUCUGAGUACGAUGAGGUUGGGUGAUGGUACGGAUUAAGAUGGUGCAGCUACGGGUAGCUGGGUUGUCGAUUUCUUGAGAGAUACGCUUGCUUCGAGAUCAUCAAACUAAGUAUACGCGAUCUAUCCAAAUAUGUCAU